CCAGGUAUCAGAUUCGGGUCAGUGUUUACGUUGCGCUCGGUUUGUGAGGUGUGGUGGGUGGAUACUUGUUUUUGUGAUUCUAAAUAAAAAAUAUCUUAGUGUUCUGUAAUAGAAAUUGUUUAUUUGCCAAUUUCAAGAGAUAUUUUAUAUUAAUUUCGAUUGAGUAACAGCGCAGCUCAAUAGCCUGCGUUUCCGUAUUAUGUACUGCAGAUUGGGAGCUUGAUAAUCUGACCAUCAAAGAAAAAGGAGAAAAAGCGGAUUACGGUCAUCAGCACCGCGCCCGAUAGAUAAUUGAAGAAAAGAAGACCCCAGCAGCAGCAGGUAAGAUGGAGAAUAAGCUAAAGGACCAAUCUGUUGCCGAGAAUUACUUUGCAAAUCUGAAUGAUUUGUCCAAGAAAAUAUCUCUCGAUAUAGCUGAAAUAAGAAGCACAUAUGAGCACAUCUGGGAUGAUUUGAGUCGUGAUGAACAAAUCGAGAUUAUCAAUGAAACGCUCAUUAAGCCGGAACUUACAUUGAAAUACUUCGAUAGUUUUUCUACCUCGUCGGAUUCGUUUAAAAAUAUCAUUGAAAGUGACGAAAACAGCGAUGAUAGGAAAGUUAACUUAUACGAUGGAAGAGCACUUCAAACAUUUCAAUAUCUCAAAACCGGACGGAAAGUGAUCCACGAUGAAUCAAUCGGAUUAUUCCGAGACGAACACUCAGCACCCUUUGCGCACAAAACUAAAAGUCAGAUAAAUCUAUCAAUUUUUCCCCUGGAAAAGGAUAAACCCAUCGAGAGAAGGCCGGACCUUACGAAGAAAAUAGAAAAAAUCAAAGCACCCAAAUCAAACAACCCUUCCUGUGUUAAACCAAAUACAACGAUAUCCAAUGAUGAAGCAUCUGUAUGCGAUAAUGAGAACAAUCUCAUUCAAGGAAUCAAAUCCAAUGGGGCCAACAACGACUUCCUAGCCAAUUUCAUAUGUGGUCAAACAGGCACAUCGACGGGAUUGGUGUCAGCAUCAAUGGGAAGUGACGAGAUGGAUGGACAGUCGUUGGAAAACAUCGGAUUCGACGAUGACAAAAUCAAUCUGUUCCGCAAUAGCUCCCGCAGUGACAGUCUUCAUCAGGCCCAGUCGUCUUCUGUCGAAGAGGAUGAUAAAAACUUUGAUGAAAUGAACAGCUUGCUCGGUACUAGCAAGGGCUUUGAUUUCCUCAACAAUUGGUAACUUCCAGGUUUUUCUUAGGUAUGUAACAAUAUGGUAUGUGUUGAUCUUCCUCAUUAUUCAUCUAGUCUCUCUAAAGAUCAUUUGCACUUAGCAAAAGUAUAUAUGUGGUGUCCUUAAAUUAAAUUAGUUACGUUCAUAAUAGCGGAAUGUGAAGUAAGAUGGCAAGAUGGAAGCAGAUAAUUAAUUCUGCUAAUGGCAUACUAUUCUCACCUGUUUUCAUGAACACGCUUUGUAGAUUUAAAUUUCAGCUAUUUGAGAAUAUAUUGUGUUGUGUUCAACAUUUACCUGCUACAUAUGUGGAACAGUGUUUUAAAUUGAGCUCAUCCAAGUUUCUGUUAAUAUAUUUUAUGCUGUCGUAGCUUCUCUUUUAUGGACAUAUUUGAGAAUUCUAACCCUGAUAAAAAAUAGCAUCAUAUUCUCGGAAAUAGCAGAGUAUACAAGGCAAAUAAUUCUUACUAUGUUGAGCUCGGGUUCAUUAAAAACUGAAUCAAAAUUACAUUUAUCUAAAAUUAAAUAGACAUCUGGCAUAACUAUAAUAAGAGUGGCAGAUUUCCACCUAAUUUUAGAGAAAUAUGUUAAAUGGAUAUACAUAUUUUUCAUGUUUCGUUUCUUACGUAACAACAAAAAAAUGUUAUAAACUACAUUGAAUAUUGACGUUGGGGUUUCCUUAUUAUGAAACACAACAAACGUAGAAGAAUACGUUUAUUUGAAAACGAAACCAUUAAAUAAAUAACCUGAAUGUCAUAAGAAUUAGCGGUUUUUUUUUCAUUGUUUGUUAGAGUGUAGCGAAAGCGUUUAUCUUUAAUUUGCUGAUAAACUGUUUGAAAAUAUGUACAGGGUAACUGCCACACCAUCUUUCUUCACACUCCGGUAAUAACAAAUCAUUUUCUUUGCAGUUUUAAUUCAAAACUUACCAAGGAAACAAAUAUUCAAAGUUUUUCUGUCUUCACUUUCGAAGACUAACUGAGCUAGAGACUGAUUUCUAAACCAAAAUAUUCAGCAUAAUAUCUUCAUCAAAUAUGAUACCUCAAAAACUAAUGCUCAUUCAUAGCAUCAAUCAUGCUCAUAGGAACAUCACAAACAGCCGUAACCAUGCGAAAACUUUCCUGAAGAAUCCAUCGCUCACUUCCUCUACCACCAUCUUGCGCGUAUAUGUUGAAGUUAAAUUCAUGGUCGAUGGUUAUUUCUUUAGUGUUACGCCUGUUUGUCUGGUGGAAAAUUAUACAUUAGGAUGACUUUUACGCGGUUUGUUUUGGUUAUAUCAGGCGGUAUUAAAAAUUAUGUGGAAAUUGAGAUACACCUACAAUCAAAUGUAACCGCGUAAAAGGCGACCCCAGUGUAAACAGUUAAGUUCAAAAUUCCAGAAAUACUCUCAACUAAUAUUGUUUUACAAUCCAACAGUAAAGACACUGUUUAGUAUA